UUUAAGCACAAACCGAAUUUUCUUUCAUUUAGGCUAUAUAUUUUUUAAAUAGUUUAAAGUCGUAGAAUUUUUUUGGAAAGCAUUUCACCCUGGAGCGGUGCGCAAUGCUAUCCCACUCCGACCUCCUGGAUGCUCGCCUCGGUGAGUUAUCAUCGCCAAACUCCGGGCUUCAACUCUACUGGAUGAAAGAUGCCGCGGCGGAGCUCCUGGGUCAUAGGGAGGCUUUGAAGUGCAGGCUGGGAGCAGGGGGAUCGGAUACCGGGCAUCCUGGCGAUAUAGCCCCGGGCUCGGACAAUGUAGAAGGGGCGACACUGCUCCCUGGGGAGGACAUCAACAAUGCUGGAUCCAAUCCCUCCGCCGUCCAGGUCAGCACAAAAGACCAGGACAAGCAGCAACAGCAACAGAACCAGAACCAGUCUGGUGGACAGACAAGCCAGCAGAAACAGAAGCGGCACCGGACCCGCUUUACUCCGGCCCAGCUUAACGAACUGGAGAGGAGCUUCGCUAAAACCCACUAUCCAGACAUCUUCAUGAGAGAAGAGCUGGCGCUGAGGAUCGGUCUAACAGAGUCCCGCGUCCAGGUUUGGUUUCAGAACCGACGCGCCAAGUGGAAGAAGCGCAAGAAGACCACUAACGUCUUCAGAGCCCCCGGUACCCUGCUCCCCACUCAUGGCUUGACUCAUCAGUUCAACUCAGCAGCAGCCGCCGCAGCCGCCAUGGGCGACAGCCUCUGUUCCUUUCACGCCAAUGACACCCGCUGGGCGGCGGCCGGAAUGCCGGGCGUUUCUCAAUUGCAACUCCCCCCCUCCCUGGGCCGGCAGCAGGCCAUGGCUCAGUCGCUGUCCCAGUGCAGCCUUGGAGCUGGCCCCCCUCCCAACUCCAUGGGCCUGUCCUCCAACGGGUCCGGGCUCCAGUCUCACCUUUACCAGCCCGGCUUUCCAGGCAUGAUGCCCGGCUCCCUGUCCGGCUCCGCUAAUGUGACCGGUUCGCCCCAGCUUUGCAGCUCCCCGGAGAGUGACGUCUGGAGAGGGACGAGCAUCGCAUCCCUGCGCCGCAAGGCACUAGAGCACACAGUCUCAAUGAGUUUCACUUAAUAAUAACGAUCGCGGAGGCCCAAUAAAUGGCUUUGUUUGUUUUUUAAAUCCCCACCAUCUUAUUAACACACCAGGAAGUAUACUCAGUCACAAACUACACAUGCACUAGGGGCAAAGAAACCUAUGCCGUGGACUUUAAAUAUGAUAAUUGCAAACUUCUGUUUAAUCCUGCUUAGAAAGACUAGUCAGUUUAUUUUAUACUUUUCCUUUUUAUUCGGAUUUCACUACAGUUACUUUGCAGGGCGUAUUUCUGUAUUUAUUUAUUUAUUUAAUUGUGUAUUUAUUUAUUUGUUAUCGCAGUGUGGAGCUAUAUGGAAUUUUGAUCAAUACAACCAUUAACUAAAGAACAAAACAUGCACAUUGAAGAUAUUCUUUUCGUAUGAAUUAUAUCAUUUUUAAUCUCUAAAAUUAAAGGUUAUUAUAUUUGAUCUUGACUCCAUAUAUUGUGAACAUCAGAUCCUGAAAAUGCCACAUGCACAUGUAUGCAAAGACAGGCUUGCACUUGUGUAUUUAAAACAUUGGGACUUUG